AUGCCCCCCCCCAAACCACCAUCCCACCCCUCCCCCUCCUCAACCAUAGACCUCACCCCCUACGAAGCCCUCUACAAAACCUUCCACCUCCACCCCGAACUCUCCAACUCCGAAUCCCUCACCUCCACCACCUGCACCACUCACCUCGCCACCCUCUCCCCAACCCUAACCCUCCACACCCACAUCGGCGGCUUCGGCCUCGCAGGCGUCUUCCCCAACGGGCCCGGGAAAACCGUCCUCCUCCGCGCCGACAUGGACGCCCUCCCCAUCCUCGAGACCACCGGCCUCCCCUACUGCAGCACCGCUCACGGCCUGGCCCUCAACACCGACGGGACGCAGACGCAGACCAAAACUCCGGUUAUGCACGCCUGUGGGCAUGACAUGCAUAUGACUUGUUUGCUGGCCGCGACUGAGGUGUUGAUUAAGGGCGCCAAGAGCUGGAGCGGGACGUUGAUCGUGCUGUUCCAGCCUGCUGAGGAGAGGGGGUCGGGCGCGAGGGCCAUGGUCGAUGAUGGCUUGUACGAUAAGAUCCCCGUUCCGGAUUUUAUUCUCGGGCAGCACGUUAUGGCUAUGCGGGCUGGGAGUGUAGGGCUUCGUCAAGGCACGAUCAUGGCUGGAGCGGACAGUUUGAAGAUCACGUUAUUUGGGAGCGAAGGCGGUGGGCACGGGAGCCAACCGCAUCGGGUUGUUGACCCUGCGGUGCUGGCGGCUCAUGUGGUUGUCAGGUUGCAGAGCGUGGUGAGUAGGGAGGUGGACUAUAAUGAUGUUGCGGUGUUGACUGUCGGGAGUGUGGCGGCGGGGAAGACGGAGAAUAUCAUUGCGGAGAAGGCGGUGCUGGGUGUGGAUUUUAGGAGUACGAGGCCGGAGGUGAGGGAGAAGUUAAGGGGGGCGAUUGAGAGGGUUGUUAGGGGGGAGUGUUUGGCUUCGGGGUGUACGAAAGAGCCGCUUAUUGAGCAGACGCGAUUCUUGCCUACGACGGUGAAUGAUGAAGCGAUGACGAAUCGUCUGAGUUCAGUGUUCACUUCGUUCUUUGGGGAAGAGAACUUCGAUCCUGAUAUUCCUGUGACUACGAUCGCGGAGGAUUUUUCUAUCCUGGCGAAUGCGAAAGGGAAGAGAGUACCGUGUGUGUUUUGGCACUGGGGUAGUGUGGAUGAGAAAUUAUGGGACAGCAAAAAGAAAGAAGGUAGACUGAAUGAUGUGCCAAUAAAUCAUUCGAGUGGGUUUGCGCCAGUCAUUCAACCUACCUUAAGGACUGGGGUGGAUGCUCUUGUUGUGGCUGCAUUAGAAUUCUUUGGUGGAGAAGGCUUGGCGAAGUUGUGA